AUGGUUCAACUGACAGCUACUCCUACAAGUGCACUUGUUGAUGAGCCAAUCCAUAUCCGAGCUACAGGCCUGCAUCCUUCUGAGAUGGUAACUUUUGUAGCCUCACUGCAAGAUGAAAAGGGGAAAAUGUUUCAUUCUCAAGCCUGCUAUAGGGCCAAUGAAGUUGGUGAGGUUGAUCUGGAGCAUGCUUCUUCACUUGGAGGUGACUAUGUUGGAGUCCAUCCCAUGGGCCUCUUCUGGUCCAUGAAACCCGAGAAGAUAUUAACAAGACUGAUAAAAAGAGAUGUGAUGAAUAGCCCCUUCCAGGUCCAGUUGAAACUUCAUAGCACAGAUACCCCUGCCGUAAAGUUAACUAAUGAUAUUCCAAGGGCGAGCCUGACUGUAGAGAGAUGGUAUGUGGCACCUGGUGUCACACGGAUCCGAGUCCAAGAAGGUCGCAUUCGGGGAGCCCUCUUCCUUCCUCCAGGAGCUGGUCCUUUUCCAGGAGUAAUUGACUUGUUUGGAGGUGUUGGCGGUCUGCUUGAAUUCCGGGCCAGUCUCCUGGCCAGUCGAGGCUUUGUCUGCUUGGCCUUGGCUUACUUUGACUAUGAAGAUCUGCCUUCCAGUUUAGAAAAUAUAGAACUGGAAUAUUUUGAGGAUGCUGCCAACUUUCUCCUUAGACAUCCAAAGGUCCUCGGCCCAGGCAUUGGGGUGGUUUCCGUAUGCAAAGGAGCUGAGAUUGGACUGUCCAUGGCUAUUCACUUAAAACAAGUCACUGCUGUUGUACUUAUUAAUGGGCCCAAUUUUAUUUUUCAAAAUCCGCAUGUAUAUCGUGGUCAGAUAUUUCAGUCAAUGCCCUGCAAUUCACAAUUACUAUCUACGAAUGCAUUAGGGUUAAUAGCGUUUAAUCACUACUUUGGGGAUCCUCGAGAUGAGGCCAAUAAGUCUUUUCUCCUUCCCAUUGAAAAGGCCCGCGGACAUUUCCUCUUCAUUGUGGGAGAGGAAGAUAAGAAUCUAAACAGCAAAGUAUUUGCACAGUGUGCCAUAGAUCAGCUGAAGAGGAAGGGCAAGAACAACUGGACCUUGCUGUCUUACCCUGGGGCAGGCCACCUCAUAGAGCCUUCCUAUGCUCCACUAUGCUGUGGCUCGUGGGUCUCCAACAUGCCAAUGCUAUGGGGAGGAGAGGUGAUCCCGCAUGCAGCUGCACAGGAACAUUCUUGGAAGGAGAUCCAGAAGUUUCUCAGGAAGCACCUCAUGCCAGUGUCAACCAGCCAACUCUGA